AUGGCCACUCCCGUUCGGACAGCCACCAUCGCUGGCCCUUCAGUGACGGACAGUCCAGGCACCUGGCGUCACCCGCGACUCAAUGAGAUCACCAGACGUCGUAAUGCGACGACCUUUUCAGAGAAGAACGUGCGCCAGAUCGCCUACAAUGUUAUUGCGCUGCUAGGGUUCUGGUCUGCACAGCUCCUAGCCAAGCUCAACAUUGGCUCUCAAGCUCUUCCUAGUACUUUCAGAGUAUACCUGGGCUGGGCGUGGUUCAUUCUUCAACUCAUCCCCUUCGUCAACAUUGGUGUCGCAUGCCUGCCUUUGAUUCGACCGAAAGACGAUCUAUCCGACAUUCCUCUCACAUCUGCCCAGCGCCAACUGCUGGGUCUGGAUCCUUCGUCGGCCGCGCCAACUCCCGACGCCAAGUUCAGCACCCCUCCUCGAUACUCUCGCACACCUUCCCUCGGUGGUUCAGUUGGAAGCCGUGGAAGUUACAACAGUUCACCUCUCUCUGGCCGAGGUAGCCCCUUUGUCCAGGGAUCCCCGUUGGGAAGCCCUCUUUUCCAGAAGAGCACCAACAGCUUCGGCAGUAGCUUCGGCAACAGCUUCAACGGCAGGAGAUCUUCUUUCGGAUCAACAAGUCCUUUCGCUGCUAGCUCUUCUUCCAAUGUCUUCUCCGACCCUACUUCUCCCGGCACUCCUGGUGGUAAGCGAACAAGUGUUGGACUGAACAGCAAGUGGUUGUAUGAGAAGGGACGACGGCCGUCCGGUAGCGCUUGGGGUAAAUAA